AUGCAGACUGCUUCUACAAACAUUUGUGAAAGACUGUGUAAUAAGUCCAUCCGUGACAUUUCCUUGCUACUAAAUGUUCCUCGGUCAACUGUUAGUGGUAUUAUAACAAAGUGGAAGCAACUAGAAACAACAGCAACUCAGCCACGAAGUGGUAGGCCACGUAAAAUGACAGAGCGGGACUAGCACAUGCUGAAGCGCACAGUGUACAGAAGUCGCCAAAUGUCUGCAGAGUCAAUAGCUAAAGACCUCCAAACUUUGUUUGGCCUUCAGAUUAACACAACAGUGCAUAUAGAGCUUCAUAAAAUGGGUUUCAGGGCCGAGCAGCUGCAUCCAAGCCUUACAUCACCAAGUGCAAUGCAAAGCGUUGGAUGCAGUGGCGUAAAGCACGCUGCCACUGGAUUCUAG